AUGUUGACUAAUGGGUCCAAGAUUAUCGCCAAGUCGCUCAAGGCACAAGGAGUGACAGUUGCGUUUGGCAUCGUCGGAAUUCCCGUAGUCGAGGUUGCCGAGGCGAUAAUUGCAGAAGGGAUAAAAUUUAUUGGAUUUCGUAACGAACAAUCUGCGAGUUAUGCAGCCGGAGCUUAUGGAUAUCUAACUGGCCGCCCAGGUGUAUGCCUCGUAGUUUCCGGCCCAGGUGUAGUCCAUGCCUUGCCAGGAGUCGUAAAUGCCACAGCCAACUGCUGGCCGUUUCUUCUUCUCGGUGGAUCAUCGGACACGUACCAACAAGGCAUGGGUGCAUUUCAAGAACUGGAUCAACUUGCUUUGCUUAAACGACAAACAAAAUACAGCGCUCGACCGGCGAGUUUGUUGCAAAUUCCAAACGUGAUCGAUAACGCCGUCCGCUAUUCUAUCUACGGUCGACCGGGACCUGUCUAUGUGGAUUUGCCGGCUGAUUUGAUUCAAGCAGAAACUGAUGAUGAUAAAUUAACUAUAACGGGGCCGGUACCGAAUCCGGGAAAGUCUCUGGCGGAUUUUGGAGAAGUUAAAAGAGCUGCUUUGUUAUUAGCGCAAGCGAAGAUGCCUCUUGUGAUCAUCGGGAAAGGAGCUGCAUAUGCUCGAGCCGAAAAUGCAAUUCGCGAGUUUAUAAAUCACUCGAACAUACCGUUUUUACCGACACCAAUGGGCAAAGGCGUCGUUCCUGAUUCACAUCCACUUUGUGUAUCUGCGGCGCGUUCUAAAGCUCUAUCGGAUGCUGAUGUAGUGCUACUUCUCGGUGCCAGGUUAAACUGGAUCCUACAUUUUGGGCAACCGCCAAAGUUUUCUGAAUCUGUGAAAAUUAUUCAAGUUGAAAUUCAUCCCGAAGAGCACCAUACUAACCGGCGAGCGGAAGUUUCCUUGGUUGGAAAUGUAGACUUAAUAGUGGGUCAAAUAAAGGAGCAUAUUCCAGCUAACUGUCAUAACGCUCGUGAUUCCCCAUAUCUUGGACCGUGGUUCGAGAAGGUUAAGAAAAAUGUUGCCGCUACUGAGAAGAAGCUCAAGGAUGAUGCUUUCCCGAUGAGUUAUCAUAGGGCAUUCUGGGAGAUUAAGAAGCGAUUGCCUGAAAAAGAUGUCGUUUUUGUUAGCGAAGGAGCUAACACAAUGGAUAUUGCGAGGUCUAUAUUUGAUGUGCAAGAACCACGGCGUAGACUGGAUGCUGGAACUCUUGCGACUAUGGGCGUUGGUUUAGGGUUUGCAAUAGCCGCAAAAAUAUGCUAUCCAGACAAACAUGUAGUAGCCAUUGAGGGAGAUUCUGCAUUUGGUUUCAGCGCUAUGGAACUCGAAACAGCUAUCCGAGCAAACACUCCAAUUUUGAUUAUAAUUAUUAACAACAACGGUAUAUAUCAUGGCCUGGACGUUGCCACGUACAAGUCCACUCCUGACAACAGCCUUCCUUCAACCGCUCUACUACCUGAUGUGAGGUACGAUGCUAUAGCAGAGGCGGUUGGCGGAAAGGGUUAUUUCGUGCGUACGCCCGAUGAGUUAGGACGAGCCGUUGAGGAAGGGUUAAGAGAAAGCUACAAGAAGAGUGUAGUUAUUAAUGUUAUGAUUCAGCCAGGCGGACGUAAAAAACUGGAUUUUGCAUGGUUACAGACUACGAAGACCAAACUAUGA